GCCCCCCGAGCCAUGCCCGAGGCGCGUACAUCGACUGCCACAUGAGGAUCGCUUGGACGCGGACCUCGACCUGCCUCCGACUUACACCCCAGGCUCGUCAAAAUCUGCUACCACCAUGUCUACCACCGACGCCAAGAUCAACACACUUACGUCCCGCAUAACGCAGCAGUCGUCCGCGUCAAGGAGGGACGGCGAUGACCACUCCGAUCUCGACGACGAGGAGCUCUUCGCACAGCUGGAGGAUGAGAUCGAGAACGACUCGAACAUCGAGCUCAGGGAGCAGGGGCUCCAGCGGUUGAAGGCAGAGAUGGAACGCCUGCAGCAGAUGAAGUCGAGCGGGCACGGUCAAUAUCAAGAGAUCGUGGAUGAGAAGCAAGUCAUUCGAGUCAGCGCCCAAGAGAAGCGAUGCAUCAUCCACUUCUUCCACACCGACUUCAAGCGGUGUCAGAUCAUGGACAAACAUCUCGCUACCCUCGCACCGAAAUACUUCGGCACGCGGUUCCUCCGCGUAUUCGUCGAGAACGUCCCGUGGCUCGUAGAGAAACUUGGCGUCAAAGUCCUGCCCUGCGUAGUCUGCUUCGUAAACGGAGUGGCGACGGAUCGCCUGAUCGGUUUCGAAGACGUUGGCAAUGAUGAUAAAUUCGAGACGGCGACGCUGGAAUGGCGUCUUCUGAAUUGCGGGGUCUUGAAGAAAGAGCAGCAGGGCGGUUCAUCGAACAUCGUGUACGGCGCAACACCCAGUGUGCGACAGCACAUUCGAGGACGGCAAGAUGAUGACUCUGACUUCGAUAUCGACGAAUAAUGUGUCCGUUAGACCUGAUUCGUCGCAUGUUCACUCAGUCUCAGGAUUAUGAUAAUGACAUUGAAUGGCUCUCGCAGGAUGUGACACGACUCGGUGCAUGGCAUCAAGCCGCGAGCUUCAUCGCGCACAGCAGUGAAUAACGCAUGACGCCAAAAACCCAUUAAUAUGCUCUACGAGGUACACAAUUACAGUGUGUUC